AUGUCUAAUAAAGGUGAAAAAUAUGAUGGAAGACGGGCUGAUGUCUGGUCGUGUGGUGUUAUACUUUAUGCCCUACUGGUUGGAGCACUGCCUUUCGAUGACGAUAAUUUACGGCAACUUCUCGAAAAGGUUAAAAGAGGUGUUUUCCAUGUACCACACUUCGUACCGCCCGAUUGUCAACAAUUACUGCGGGGAAUGAUUGAAGUCAAUCCAGAAAAACGAAUGACUUUAGCUGAAAUAACACGUCAUCCAUGGGUAACGGCGGGAGGUAGGGGAGAAUUGGAACAGGAAUUACCCAUGAUGGAAGUAGUUCAAACCAGGGUACUGCCUUCAGCAGAGGCAAUAGACCCUGAUGUAUUACAAGCUAUAUGCAGCUUAGGAUGUUUUAAACAUAGGGAUAAACUUAUACAAGACUUGUUAAGUCCACAUCACAACACAGAGAAGGUCAUCUACUUCCUAUUAUUAGAACGUAAGCGACGUCGCCCGGCCAGAGAUGAUGAGCCGAGGCCACCAGCGCCCGGUACACCAAGUGACCCGCCACGGAAAAGAUUAGACACCUGCCGGGUGAAUGGACAGUCAGCUCAUUUCGGACAAAUAAGUGAAGGUUCUCCAAUAACACCCAGAAGAUCGCAGUUUAGGUCUGCUUCCCGAAGAAGUGAGGGUCGUUCAUCCCCACAGCUAUCAGCGAGCCCUCCUGGUCACACACCACAUCGUGUUUCUUCUCUAGGAGGUACGCCAGCUACCCCCGGCUCACCUUUAGGUAAUAAACCGACAUCAAACAAAGGCGGAGAGCCCGGGGAGGCGGUUAUAAUAAUCAACGAACCUGUCAUGACCCCAGUUUCUGUUCGGCCGCACAGUCCCUCACAUAGAGUCCGUGAGAGAUCAUCCCUCCCCGGGCCAGCUACAACUCAAGCGCCUAUACAAGCGACGCUGUUCACUAACAUAGGGACUAUGGCUGGCCCCUGUCCCCCGGGCUCGUCGGCGGGAGGCCCGGCCGCGCCCUGGCGGGCUCGACUCGCAACCAUCAAGAACUCAUUCCUUGGUUCUCCGAGGUUCCACAGACGGAAAAUGCAAGCUUCGUCCGAGGAGGUACAUCUUACACCGGAUUCAUCUCCAGAGCUAACUAAACGCUCCUGGUUCGGCUCGCUCUUGUUAUCAGCUGACAAGGAAGAAACAUUCACAGCAUUAGUCAAAGGAAAACCUCUAGCUACAGUAAAAGCUGAUUUAAUACACGCCUUCCUUAGUAUAGCGGAAUUGUCCCAUAGCGUUUUAAGUCCAAUGUCAUUCCGUGUUGAAUACAAAAGGGGUUCAAAUGCUCCCGCUAUGUUUCAAAGACACGUGAGAUUCCAGGUCGACAUUUCAACUAUAACCAAAGCACCCGGUGAAAAUGGAAAGGAAUAUUUGUAUGCCAUAACAUUCACAUUGCUAUCCGGUAAUAUUCGUCGUUUCCGUCGAGUGUGCGAGGUAGUUCAGUCAGCGGUGUGCCGCGCGCCGGGAGCGUCCCGCGCGCCUCACAACCACCCGCCCUCACCGCGAGCACAUAGAAGAAAUAUAGCUCCUAAUGCGUCUUCCGAGAUCCCGGAUAGUCCGGAAACACCCCACCAUCAAUCCGACCACGACAGUGACUCGUCGGUUUUCGACGCGGUGAAAAGUCCGACCAGUCACACUUCCAUCGAUCAAUUAGACCAGAACGGCACACAUCCGUUGGGAUCAAGUUCUUCCGUGACGAGUGGAUCCAGCGGAUACAAAGUUAUCGUGGGAUUGCAGCAAGGCGUGCGGCGGCGGGCAGCUGACCCAGCCAGCGCCUCCCUCGACCACGAGAUAAUGAGCUGCGGGCGGGACCUGCCCGGAACACACACGAAGCGCUCGUCUUCCGAAUGUCGCGAGGCGUCUUCCCGGCGCCGCGGCCUGGAAUCCCGGGACAGUUCCAUCAAAGACGAACUCCGUAGGAACAACUCCUUGAGGGACAACCGGCGGGACUUCGCCCCCGACGUGCCCCGCGACCCCGCAGCCUCCAUCGCGUGA